AAGAGUGCUAGAGUAGAGAGGAAUGAUAUUUUGCUCAGUGUCAGUUCAAUAAAAAUAUUAUUAGUGGUUGAAAAUUAUUUCGAAAUUAUUUUUUUAACAUAAUUUAAAUAAUAUCCUAAGGUUAAUAAGCCCACUUUAACUAUCUAAAAAGUCAUUUAGAAUCGCAAACAUUUAGCCUAUGAGUGUUUAGAAUAUUUGCGUUGUAGACCACAAUACAUUCUGCAUAAAAAGUAUUGACAGGUCAGAUUUCAAAAUGCCACUCUUUGGAAAAUCAACUAAAAGCCCUGCAGAAGUUGUGAAGGCUCUAAAAGAAGCAGUCACUGCUCUAGAAAGGGGAGACAAAAAAGCAGAAAAGGCCCAGGAGGAUGUGAGCAAGAACCUGGUGCUCAUCAAGAACAUGUUGUAUGGUACCAACGAUGCUGAGCCACAGACUGACAUCAUUGUGGCUCAGUUGGCCCAGGAGUUGUACAAUAGUAACUUGUUGCUGAUGCUCAUUCAAAAUCUCAGUCGAAUCGAUUUUGAGGGUAAAAAAGACGUGGCACAGGUGUACAACAACAUUCUACGACGGCAGAUUGGAACCAGGUCCCCUACAGUGGAGUACAUCUGCACCAAACCGGAGAUUCUUUUCACCCUCAUGAACGGAUACGAACACCAAGACAUUGCUCUCAACUGCGGUACGAUGCUGAGAGAAUGUGCAAGAUAUGAAGCUCUUGCGAAAAUCAUGCUUUAUUCUGACGACUUUUUCAACUUCUUCCGAUACGUUGAAGUCUCUACCUUUGAUAUUGCCUCAGAUGCUUUCUCCACUUUCAAGGAACUGCUUACAAGACACAAGAUGCUAUGUGCAGAGUUCCUCGAGCUCAACUACGACAAGGUGUUUUCGCACUACCAGCGACUCCUCAACUCUGAGAACUACGUCACUCGGAGGCAGUCGCUGAAGCUCCUCGGCGAACUGUUGCUUGACAGACACAACUUUACAGUAAUGACAAAGUACAUUUCUAACCCAGACAAUCUCAAAUUGAUGAUGAACAUGCUGAAGGAGAAGUCAAGAAAUAUCCAGUUUGAAGCUUUCCACGUCUUUAAGGUUUUCGUCGCAAACCCGAACAAACCCAAGCCCAUCCUGGACAUUUUGCUGAGAAACCAAGACAAGCUAGUAGAGUUCCUAACACGCUUCCACACAGACCGUUCUGAUGAUGAACAGUUCAAUGAUGAGAAGGCCUACUUGAUCAAACAAAUCAAGGAGUUGAAGCCUCUGCCAGAACACUAACAUUAGGUAAGUCACUAAUACAC